AUGACAGCGGAGGAUGGUCGCCAAGACAUAAAAAGACAAAAAGUUAGUCCGCCGCUGGGGAUCUCGCGUUCCAUAGCUGCAUGUCGACGUUGUCGAGUCAAGAAGAUCAAAUGUGACCAGGAAUUCCCCAAGUGCACCAGAUGUGCCAAAGCAGGACUGGAAUGUGUAAGUGUGGAUCCUUCCACAGGUCGAGAGGUUGCACGGUCAUAUGUUUUUCACCUUGAGGAGAAAGUACUGCUCUUAGAAGGGAAGUUGAAAAUGCAUGGAAUUAACCUAGACCUGGAUACUCCCCAGCCAAAUCUCCGUCUUGAUCCGGACGAGUUGCCAAUUUUGCCAUCAUCAGUGAUGACAGCUUCAGUGCUGACCACAACGGAAAAUUCCCAUGUGGAGCCCGUCACCGGUCAACCAUACCUAGGAGCAUCUCUGGGAGUCAGUUUUGCUAAAUUGAUGAUGACAGCAGUGAAAAUGAACCACUCAUUGCUGACCAUGCGCCAGGAGCCGCUGAACUCGACCAUUGAUGGUGCUAGCAACAUCCGACCCGCGGUGUUACCGCCGAAAUCUACCGCCCAGGAGUUUAUUCGCAUCUACUUUGCUCAGUCCAAUGCUCAACUACCGGUUUUACACCGAGAAUCGUUUCUUAAAUGGGUGUUUGAGCCCGUUUAUGGCCCUUGGGACAUGCGUGUGCCGUUGGCUUCCAAAUAUACCGCCAUUAACAUGGACACCUAUGGUCCCUCGCCGAUGGCCGAGGAAGCUACUUGGUUUUACCAAUAUAAGCAAAUCAUGGCGGAACGAUUGGCUGCUGUGGGCGGCGACAAUGACGUUGCAGCAGAACUUUCCGAGCAAAUUGAGGUGCCUGAGCAGUUCCACCGGCCCAUGUUCUUUCUCAACAUUGUGUUCGCCAUUGCAUCGUCAGUAUACCAUCUCCAAUACUUAGCCACCAUUUCCGAGCAGUUCAAGAAGGCGGCCCUCAAGUACGUGGACUCGACUUACCAGACCAGUGAUCCGCUUGAACAACUCGAGGCAGUUUUGCUCCUAUCAGUGUAUUCGAUCAUGAGACCAAGUGUUCCUGGUGUAUGGUACGUUUUGGGCACAGCCCUUCGAAUCUGCGUGGAUCUUGGAUUGCAUAGCGAUGGAGUGGGAAAAAGCAACAAGUUUGAUGCUUUCACGAAGGAUAGGCGACGUCGCUUGUUCUGGUGUCUGUACUCCCUCGACAGACAAAUCUGUUUCUAUUUGGGUCGCCCCAUCGGCAUUCCAGACGAGUCCAUCACCACCAGAUUCCCCUCUGAGUUGGACGAUGCUCUAAUUAUCGAGGGCGAGACAAAAGAUAUCGACUAUUCUGAUGAGGCAAGUGGCAUGCCCAGCUACAAGUCUAUCUCGCUUUGUUUUUUCCGUAUCCGGAAGAUCCAGCUGGAAGUCCAACGCAUCCUUUAUGAAAACGGCGAGCUUCCUCGAAAGUUCGACAAUUUGGGACAAUGGCGUCGCCACAUACAUCAAGAGCUCGAACAUUGGCGUAACCUGACGCCCAAAACCAACCGCAAAAUGAAUUGCGACUUCAACGUUGAGUUCUUCACUCUCAAUUACAAUCAUACGUUACUUUCGCUAAACGGACUCUCGCCAAAGACAUUCAAACUCUCUUCUGAUGCCUACCACAAGGUGCUGGAGGCCCUGAAGAAUUUGAUGUCUUGCUAUAGGCAUCUUCAUAACAAAAAGGCCAUCAACUAUACUUGGGCAGCUGUUCACAACUUGUUCAUAGCUGGAACGUCCUAUUUGUUUUCGCUCUACAAUUCAGCUGAGGUCCGGAAGCAUAAUAGUUUGUACGAAGUGAAGAAAAUCACUGAAGAAUGUAUUUCAGUCCUUAAGCUGUUGAUAGCUACUUGUGAUGCAGCAAAGAGUUGCGCAGACACUUUCCAGAUGCUUACUGCUGCCGUGAUGAAACUUCGCUACGAUGAAGAGGUGGAGGGUACUCUCCUCGGCCAGCAGAACAUGGUGGAACCUCCCAAUGCGGUCAAGCAGCUGCUUGAUGGAAGAGUGAACGCCAACUUAGCUAGCCUUGUUGAAGCAUUGGUUGAAGAAAGCUCAGAUGACAAUUUCAAUCUGCCCCGAUUUGAGUGGAUUUCACGUAAAGACAGCUCUUCCAGCGGAGGAGAUUACAAUGUCGCUGUCACCACGCCGUUGUUUGCCGAAGCUCCGAAUCUCGACAUGUUUUUCCUGGAAUUGGCCAAUCUCCUGCCUGUUUCUUCUGUUCCAGACAAUUCCGAGGCACUGUCAGUACCUGCUUACGGUUUGGAUAUCAUGGAGAAAGAUAAGCAUGUGCCAUCUAAAGAUGGAAAACGAGUAUUCGAAAUGAUUCAGCAGAUGCCUACGGAAGCAAUCUGGGACCAGUUUUUCACUACUCUGAAGACCGUUGGAUCUGGAGCCAUGAUUUCUGCAUCACCCGUGAUCAAAUCUGAGCCUACAUCUCCGCAUGCUUGA